AGAACCCAAACCACUCAAGGUGAUGGUCGCCCAGUCCCGCAGCAGCGGGAGUACUAACGACAUUAGCAUCGACGCCGAGUCACUCACCAGACUAUUCCUCGUCAUCCCAAAGUCUCUGGAAGAGGAGGAUUUAAAAGACAUCUUCAAGGAAUGGGGUCCGAUUGAGUACGUCAACGUGGUACGCGACAGAGGAUCGGGCGACCCAAAAGGCUUCGGAUAUGUCAAGUACUACAAGGCUUCUCAUGCAGCACUAGCGUUGGAAAACUGUGACAAAUCGUACAAGCCCGUCUUCGCCGAGCCACGAGUGUCGCGAGCAGCGAGGGAAAGUCCGAGUGGCGGGUCGUCCUUCAGCGAACCAGGCUUCAUGUACGGCGGCGGUCCCCCCCACCCCUCCCACAACAUGGGGAGCAACUCUCACAGAGAGAUGCCCCGCUCCCCUCCCCUGGUACCGCCCACACCGCAGGCCAACGACGUCACCGUUCUUGGCGUGAACCAAUGGCUGUACAUCAUCGUAGACUCCACGGUCAGCGAACACCAGCUGCACGCGCUGUUCGACCUCAUUCCCGGGUUAGAGUUCGUGGACUUACAGAAGGACAGGUCCACGGGACAGUCCAGAGGAUGUGCGUAUGCACGGUAUACGACAGCGGCCUCAGCUAUCUACGCACGAGAGAAGUUAAACGGUUUCGAAUAUCCUCCGGGAAUAAAACUCGUUGUGAAAUAUGCAGAUUCUCCGCACUCCAAUGGGGCGCCUGGGGUAGCAGGCCCAAGCCCCACACCAGCAGUGUUAGCGCCAGCCCCUCCCUCCCCCAUCCUACAAGGUAUGCCGAUCAACCCACAUCUUCCAGUACCAGGGUUCGCAGGCUUCAACAGGCUCCAACAGUACACACCAGGCUACUGCACGGCACAGUUACCAGGUCCACAGCCAUUGGCUGAUCCCAGCUCAGAUGUAGCGGAGAGACUCUUCAUAGUGUGCACACCCACAGCACCUCCGGAAUAUGCACUAAAAGAUGUCUUCAGUCGAUUCGGAAAGUUAAUCGACGUGUACCUAAUGAGGGACAAGAACUACGGGUACGCCAAGUACGCGCAGAAGGUCAACGCCGAGGCCGCCAUCGAGUCCCUCCACGGCCAGGAAAUCUGUGGUCAAAGGUUAAAGGUCAUGCUGGCUGACCCUCCCAAGCAGGAUCAGUCCAGGAAACGGCCUCGGACGAGCAGCUGAUGGAAAACUGCACUCCCCACCCACCCUCACAGGACGCGACGGAAUAAACCGCCCAAACGACAGAAUCGAUGAAUCCAGACAGAACUGACAGGCACUGAUCAACCUGCACGUGAGACAGGCCCUCCAGGGUCCUGCACAAGACAGGCCCUUACAGAUGACAGUCACAAUCAGGCACCAAGAAAAGAGUCCCUGGACAGCAACAUUUCAGACAACAUUUAGCACAGGUCACUUUGAACAUGGAAAGGCACAGAAAAUUUGUAAUCUCUAAAACCCUAACAUUAUGACCAAAAAAAUCUUUUUUAUGAAACUUCACUCUGCAUCUAAAAAUAAGGUUGAAUGUUGGGCUUUCAGUCAGGUGUAAGUGAAAUUUGGAAAUGCCUUUCUAAGUGAAAAGUGACCCGUCUUAUCUAGUGAUUUGACCACAUUUUCCUCUCAGUCUAUUGUCCUAUCCUGUCCACCCCUGCUUGUAAAGUUGGAUCAGUCAAAAUUUUGUUCCCAUACCACAGCACUGUCUUGUUUAGGAUUCUUCCACUUUUUAAACAGGGGUCCUGCCAUGCAGUUUUGCCUAAUUUUUGACAAGAGUAUACUUCUCGCUUUGUAUCACUAUGACUCUAAGACUGUUGCUUUUAUUAAUGUGGAGACAAUGUUAUGAUAUUGUAGAUAUGUGUAAAGUACGUAGUAUUGUUUCCUGCUUAUGUUAUGUAUAUAAAACUAGUGUUUAAGUAAGUUAAGUGUGACUCUUUGCCUCAUGAGAUACAUUAACAUGAGCCUCAAGACUGUUUUUCUUCCACUACAUUCAUGUGUAAAAGGGACAGGGACUUUGUUUUAUCUGGCAUUAGAUUAUGAAGAUUUGACAAAAAGCAGUUACUCAAGCAACUGGAUAUGAUUUUGGAAACGGUCAGACGUUUCAG